AUGAACACUACUACCUAUCCAAUACUUCCGUCACGACCCAUUCACCCACAUAUUUCAACAACUUGUACCAACGCAAGAUGUAAUGUGCCAUUAGAAUUUCCGGUGCCGAACCCGCUGCCCCGCCCAGGCACUCUGCUGCAGAUACGAUGUUUUGCAUGCCAGAAUGUGCUCUCGCAUGCCUUUUAUCCGGGUCAAGUACCCUCCUCAUCGGUCACGUAUCAGCAAAGCAAUAGAUCGACCCCCAACUCGCAAAGUUCGACGGGUGCUAGUGGUUCGCAGCAGCAGCAGCAGCAGCAGAGGAAAGGGAGGAAGAUCGGUACACAGGACAGGCCGCUGGAGACAGGAUACUAUGAUAUCCUAGGUGUACCUGUGACUGCGACCACGGAUGAUAUUAAAAAAGCCUACAGACGAGCUGCAAUCAAACACCAUCCAGACAAGAAUCCAGACGAUCCUCAUGCUGAAGAGCGGUUCAAGGAAAUUGCUAUUGCCUAUCAGACCCUCUCAGACGAUGCUCUGCGCCGCAAGUACAACGAAUUUGGGCCCAAGGAAACUGCUCCUGAGGGCGGCUACGUCGAUCCAGAGGAAGUCUUUGGGGCCAUGUUCGGUGGAGAGCGCUUUGUACCUAUCAUUGGCAACAUCAGUUUGGCCCGCGAUAUGAAAACCGCUUUGCAAGAAGCCGAAGACACAGACGCUGAUGAGGAGCAGUCACAUGCCUCCAGGCCGAAGGACGCGAAGGGUAGAGCGAUACUCAGUCCAGAAGAGAAGGCCAGGAAGGAGGAAAAGGACAGGAUCAAAGCAGAGAAAGAUAAACAGAAAGCUGCAGAGAAAGCAGCUGCACGAGCAGAAAGAGUCAACAAGCUCGUCGAGAACAUGGAGCGCAAGCUCAGUAUAUUCACCGAAUCGGCGUCAGGACCAGACGAUCCAGACGUAUCAAACAGCUGGCGGACCAUAUGUCAGCUAGAAGCCGAAGACCUGAAGAACGAAUCGUAUGGCGUUGAACUUUUACAAACCAUCGGGUUCGUGUACGUAGCCAAGGCGAAGCAUCAUCUGGCGACAAAUCAGACAUUCCUCGGCGUUGGAGGGUGGCUACACAACGUGCAAGGCAAAUACCAUGUAUUUAGCGAGACCGUCUCAACCCUCCGUUCAGCAAUUGAGCUCAAGAGCGUGUUCGAUCAGAUCCAAGCAGCUGAAAAGGCGGGGAAUUUGAGCCCAGAGGAGAGAAAGAAACUCGAGGAGCAAGCAGCGGAGAAGGGUAUUCAAGCGCUGUUCAAAGGAACCAAGCUAGAAGUCGAGUCGAUUCUGCGCGAGACAUGCGAACGAGUGUUGACCGACCCUACCAUUUCCCGGGAAAAGGCGCAAUUACGAGCGGUGGCGCUCCAGAUGCUCGGGGAGGCGUACAUGAGCGUGAAGAAGGAUGAUAAUGGCGCGAACGUCGGAGACGACGCGGACUAUGUCAAAGUCGACACGAAGAGCAGCAGAGCUCGCGAGGCGAAAAGAUAG